CUCUCAAUUAAAGGACGAUGCUCUUCGUCAUCCUCCAAGUGCUCUGCAGCCUCCUGAUCUGGCUGUCGCUCUACAGCGGCUUCAGGUGUUGGCAGAACCAUCGCACCUCGGAAUGGAGCUGCCGGCUGGUCACGCUGGCACACGGCCUGAUCGUCACCUUCCUCUCCGGCUACAUCGUUCUUGUCGACGGGCCCUGGCCUUUGACUCACACAGGCCACCCCAAUACAGCUCUCCAGGUGUGCCUGAUGUGUCUCAGCCUGGGCUACUUCCUCUUCGACCUGAGCUGGUGCAUCUUUUUCGGCAGCGAGGGCGACCUGAUGCUCUCCCACCACGUGCUGAGCGUCAGCGGCUUGGUGCUGGUGCUGCUGCUGGGCGAGUCGGCCACCGAAGUCAACGCCGUCGUCUUUGUGAGCGAGAUCACCAACCCGCUGCUGCAGGCCCGCUGGUUCCUCCGGGAGAUGGGCCGCUACCCUAGCCUAGCAGGCGACGUGGUAGACAUCCUCUUUGUCGCCCUUUUCGUGGGGCUGCGAAUCGUCGGCGGGGCGUGGAUUAUGCGCGCGAUCCUGGCUUCGGCAAGGACGUUCUGGAUGUUGAAGAUAGGGGCCUUGGCGAUGUACGUUGUGUCCUUGGCGUUUAUGCUGGACAUCAGCCGCUUUGCCAAGAGGAAACUGACAAAGAAAUAUUCUGCUUGGAAAACAGGGGGAGAGCUGCCAAAAAGCAACGGACGUCUGCCCGCGUGUUAA